CAUGACACUGGACGACACCAUCUACGCAUUCCUGCUAUUCCUCUCCCUUUUAUUCGGAUUGUUGAUAAGAAGAAGGGGAAAAGCUACGCUAUUUUUACCUUGCAUUCUCGGAAUUUGCUUGGCUCUCGGGACUAUCGGGCUAGCUAUUUGGCACUCUCUAGUCACUACUUGUGGGUUUAUUUUUUUCCUCGAUUCUUUCAUUACGUAAUUUGCGUCUGGUGUUUCGGUUAUCUGGGUUUCUUCCGGCUUUGUGACAGUUUCGGCUUCGCCAAACCACCUGCUCUUGCCAACGCAAUUCAACUCAACCUCACACUGCGGUUGAUCGGACUGUCGUUUGAAGUAUAUGAUAGCUGGAAGACCGACCAAAAGUUGGGCAAGUUGCUUGAUCCAAACGACACAACCGAAGCCAGCCAGCUGAAACUUAUCAGGGACUACAAAAGUGUUUCCGUUUCCCCUGUGGAUGUCAUUUGCUACGCGUACUGUUACAUUGGACUCUUUACAGGCCCAUACUACAAAUAUCGGACCUUUUGGGACUUCGUUUACUGGCCAGCGGAAGCUCCUGAGGGCUCAUCUGAUCUGCUGCUUCAACAAUUGCAGGAAGCACCGGUGUUUGGGGUCGCUUAUCUUAUUCUCUCACAUUUCUAUGGAGUGGAUUAUGUUCGUUCAGAUGAGUUUUUCGGACGUUCCUUCAGCUACCGGUUCUUCUACAUGUUCAUAAUUUUCUUCGUGUUCCGAUUGCGGAUCUACUUUGCUUGGAAGGCAGCCGAAUGCGUGUGCAUGACCGCUGGUUUGGGUGCCUAUCCUGCUAUCUCCGAACCCCGAAGUGGCGAGGGACCGACAAACUUGAGGGCCCUGAAGAGGUUCUGGAUGUGCGCGUAUGAUCCGAAAUUACAGGAGCAAAAUUCCAUUUCUUCAGUGAAUUUCACUCAGUCGACAUCUAAUUCUAAUCGGUCCACUUCUGCUAAUCGACCGACCACUGAAGCUUAUGACUACACCACAAUACAGAACAUCAGUGUAUGGGGCUGCGAAUUCACUCCGACCGUCCGUGAAGGCAUGCAUUCAUGGAACCAGACGGUCCAGUACUGGUUGGCGACGAAUUUCCACAAACGUUGCCCCGGGAAUCGUGUUUUACGCUCCACAUGGACCAUGUUGUUGAGUGCCUAUUGGCACGGACUUCAUCCUGGCUACUACCUGUCCUUCAUGAUUAUCCCCUUGGCUCUGGUGGCCGAAUCUGGUCUGUCCGUUCUUGUUGGAGCUUGUGGUGAGGCGUUACCUUCGGGAAGUCUCUCAUUUCUCUCCUGGAUUCUUAAGAUGCGCGUGUUUGAGUAUUGUGCAAUGGGAUUCCUUCUUCUGGACGCUCGGGCGACCUGGGACUACUGGCACAGCAUCGGGUUUUCUGUACAUAUAGUUUUGAUAGUUGUGAUCGUUCUGAGUACCAUUGUCCGGCAUUUCUAUCCCCGUGCUGGCUCCUACAUGCGACGUGAACCGACAAUCAGUGCUACGGAACAAAUGGCACGAAUGUCAGAGAUGAAAAUACAACACAUGAAAGCAUAAUUUUAUUGAAGACACUAGUCAAUCUACCCAGCUUGUUUUUUCGUUCCCUUUUUUGCCCGACCUCAGUUUCGGUGCAUUUAUCUCACCAUUUUCAGCAUUAUCUUUCUUUCGAAUGAUCCUCCUCAGUGAUUGAUUGCUUAGGCCAGGUGACUUCAGCUAAAACCAUGGCUGUGUUUCAAACAAAGCGAAGGAAAAUGAUGGAACUAAACCCGUUUAUGUUGGGUGGUCGGUCCCAGUUGAUCUUCUCAUCGUUUUCCUUUUCCAUCACACCGCAAUUCCUAAUGUGGACGUAUGCCAGCUAUUUGCCCACUCAAUGUCAAUCACUCCGUAUCUCCUGUCUAAAUGCAUUUCUGUGCUGUCCACAAUUUGGUCAGUGCGAUUUAUUGACUGCCCCAUUAUUGUUGUCAUCCCGUGUUGGCUUCUUUGAUUGUAUUUGCCUGUUGAUAGCGUUUUUCAUAUUGUAUGGUUUUGUCUCCACUGUUGGUUUGUAGAUGCUUAUUAGAUCGUUUUGUGACUAUUCUGCACCCCGAUAUGUAGAGUCUUCC